UCCGCCUGGCCGGGCGCUGGAGCGCAGGGCGAGGCCAGGGCGGGGUCUCGGGCAGUCUCCUGCGGAUCCCGAGUGGAGUCGGCCGCGGAGGGACUGCACCAAGCCGGAGGAGACGCCGCGCCCUACAGCCGCCCGGGCUGGUCCCCCGCCUUGAGUGUGGGCCCCGCCGGGAUGGGGAGUCGCCGUGGCCCGGGCCAGCCGCGGGCCGGCCUCUGCCUGCUCCUGGCUUCUCUGCAGCUUCUGCCUCGGAUGCAGGCCGCAGAUUCUGUGGAUGUGCUGAAAGCGCUGGGCGUGCGGGGGGGCCAGGCUGGGAUCCCUGAGGGACCCGGCCUCUGCCCCCAGAGGGUCCCGGAGGGCGACCGAGCAUUCCGGGUGGGCAAGACCAGCACCCUUGGUGUCCCCACGCAGGAGCUCUUCCAAGACGGGCACUUUCCUGAGAACUUCUCCAUCCUAAUCACUCUGCGGGGCCAGCCAGCCAACCGUUCUGUCCUUCUGUCGGUCUACGAUGAGGGCGGCAUCCGGCAGCUGGGCUUGGCCUUGGGGCCAGCUCUGGACCUCCUAGGUGAUUCCUUCAGCCCCCUCCCCCAGCAGGUCAACCUCACGGACGGCAGGUGGCAUCGUGUGGCAGUCAGUGUGGACGGUGGGAUGGUGACCCUGGUGGCUGAUUGUGAACCUCAGCUCCCCAUAUUGGCUCAGGGACCUCGAUUCAUCAGCACAGCGGGACUCACUGUGCUGGGGACCCAGGACCUUGGAGAGGAGACUUUUGAGGGAGAUGUUCAGGAGCUGGUGAUAAGCCCAGAUCCCCAGGCUGCCUUCCAGGCAUGUGAGCGAUACCUUCCUGGCUGUGAUGACCUGGAUCCAGCAGUCACCACGGUCCCUCAGGGAGAGCCAGAAACCCCUCCCCCUAGGCGGAAGGGGAAAGGAAAAGGGAAGAAAAAAGGGCGAGGUCGUAAGGGAAAGGGCAGGAAGAAGAAGAACAAGGAAACUUUGGCUGUGAGUCCACCUCCUGGCUCCCUGGAGAACCAGACCUUCACUGACGUCCCCAAGACAGAGUCACCAGAACCAACUCUGUCUCCAACUCCCAUGCCUAUGGUCAUCACCACAGCUGUGACCUUUGGUAGCAAUGUCACCAUCCUAGAGGAGGCCCUGGACCCUGACAAUGGAACUGAACUGGAGACCCUGGAGACUGAGUUAGCCAGAGAAGAUGAAGAAGAAGGUGGUUCCACCAUGGGCCCCCACUUCCGGGCAGCAGAACAGUCAUGGGAUACUGAGUUCCAGAUCUUUCCUGGUGCUGGGGAAAAAGGAGAAAAAGGAGAAAAAGGAGAACCGGCCGUGGUCGAACAGGGACAGCAGUUUGAAGGACCCCCAGGAGCCCCCGGACCCCGAGGGGUGGUUGGCCCCUCAGGCCCUCCUGGUCCCCCAGGAUUCCCUGGAGACCGUGGUCUACCGGGCCCUGCUGGCCUCCCAGGCAUCCCUGGCAUCGAUGGGAUCCAGGGUCUCCCAGGCACUGUGAUCAUGAUACCGUUCCAGUUUGCAAGAGGCUCUCACAAAGGACCCCCAGUAUCCUUCCAGCAGGCCCAGGCUCAGGCAGUCCUGCAACAGGCUCAGCUGUCUAUGAAAGGCCCUCCUGGCCCAGUGGGGCUCACUGGACGCCCAGGCCCCGUGGGUCUCCCUGGGUAUCCAGGUCUGAAAGGAGAGAUGGGGGAAAUGGGGCCACAGGGUCCCCGAGGGCUUCAGGGACCUCAUGGACCCCCUGGCCGAGAGGGAAAGAUGGGCCGCCCUGGAGCAGAGGGGGCUCGGGGCCUCCCAGGCGCCACGGGACCUAAGGGCGAUCGGGGCUUUGAUGGCCUGCCAGGGCUGCCUGGUGAGAAGGGCCAAAGGGGUGACUUUGGUUAUGUGGGGAAACCUGGUCCCCCGGGAGAGGAUGGGCAGAAGGGAGCAGAGGGACCUCCGGGGCCCACUGGCCAGGCGGGGGAGCCGGGCCCCCGAGGACUGAUUGGCCCUAGAGGCUCCCCCGGACCCCUGGGACGCCCGGGUGUGAUUGGAAGUGAUGGUGCUCCAGGUGCCAAAGGAAAUGUGGGUCCUCCAGGAGAACCAGGCCCCCCAGGACAGCAGGGAAAUCCUGGGUCCCAGGGAAUUCCCGGCCCCCAGGGACCCAUUGGCACUCCUGGGGAGAAGGGUCCCUCUGGAAACCCAGGAAUUCCAGGCCUCCCAGGAUCUGAAGGCCCUCCGGGUCACCCAGGUCAUGAGGGCCCAACAGGAGAGAAAGGGGCCCAGGGACCAGCAGGGUCAGCAGGCCCUCCGGGCUAUCCUGGACCUCGGGGUGUGAAGGGAAACUCUGGCAACCGGGGCUUCCAGGGGGAGAAAGGAGAGAGGGGAGAGGAUGGUUUCCCAGGCUUCAAGGGUGAUGCGGGGCUUAAAGGAGAUCGGGGGCAACCCGGACCCCCAGGUCCUCGGGGAGAGGAUGGUCCUGAAGGGCUAAAGGGGCAGGAGGGGCUGGCUGGUGAGGAGGGGCCCCCAGGCUCAGCUGGGGAGAAGGGCAAGCUUGGAGUGCCGGGUCUCCCAGGUUAUCCAGGACGUCCAGGCCCUAAGGGGUCUAUUGGCUUUCCGGGACCCCUGGGACCAUUGGGAGAAAAAGGGAAGCGGGGGAAGGCCGGGCAGCCAGGCCUGGAAGGAGAGCGGGGACCACCAGGUGCCCGUGGAGAUAGAGGACAACCAGGGGCCACGGGACAGCCGGGCCCUAAGGGUGAUGUGGGCCAGGAUGGAGCCCCUGGGUUCCCUGGAGAAAAGGGCCUCCCAGGUCUGCAAGGUCCUCCUGGGUUCUCUGGACCAAAGGGUCCCCCUGGUCCCCAGGGGAAAGAAGGGGUACCUGGACACCCUGGACAGAGAGGAGAAUUGGGUUUCCAAGGUCAGACAGGCCCACCUGGACCAGCUGGUGUCGUGGGUCCUCAGGGAAAGACAGGAGAAGCAGGGCCUCUGGGUGAGAGGGGACCCCCAGGGCCCCCUGGACCUCCUGGUGAACAAGGUCUUCCGGGCCUGGAAGGCAGAGAGGGGGCCAAGGGGGAUGUGGGACCACUGGGACCCCUUGGGAAGGAAGGGCCACCUGGACCCAGAGGUUUCCCUGGUCCCCAUGGAGCCCCUGGGGACCUGGGACCGACUGGUUUAAAGGGUGACAAGGGCCCCCCGGGUCCUGUCGGUGCCAACGGAUCCCCUGGGGAGCGUGGUCCUGUAGGCCCAGCAGGGGGCAUUGGGCUUCCUGGUCAAAGUGGAGGCCAAGGCCCUGUGGGCCCCACAGGCGAGAAGGGUUCCCCGGGUGAACGUGGCGCCCCUGGCCCCACUGGUAAAGAUGGGAUCCCCGGGCCCCUGGGGCUUCCUGGACCCCCUGGAGCUGCGGGGCCUUCUGGCGAGGAAGGGGACAAGGGAGAAGUGGGUGCCCCCGGUCACAAAGGCAGCAAAGGAGACAAGGGAGAUGCGGGCCCACCUGGACCAACAGGGAUACGGGGUCCGGUGGGACACCCAGGCUCCCCGGGAGCAGACGGGGCUCAGGGACGCCGGGGACCCCCAGGCCUCUUUGGGCAGAAAGGAGAUGAUGGAGUGAGAGGCUUCCCUGGCAUGAUUGGUCCUCCUGGCCUACAGGGAAUGCCAGGCCCUGCUGGAGAAAAGGGAGAAGUUGGAGAUGUAGGGUCCAUGGGUCCCCACGGAGCUCCAGGCCCUCGGGGUCCCCAGGGCCCCAGCGGAUCAGAGGGUCCUCCAGGGUUGCCUGGGGGAGUUGGUCAGCCCGGCGCUGUGGGUGAGAAGGGUGAGCCAGGAGAGCCUGGAGACCCAGGACCCCCAGGGACUCCAGGCACCCCAGGCCCCAGAGGAGAAGUUGGUGAAAAGGGGGAUGCAGGCCCAUCUGGGGCUGCUGGACCCCCAGGCAAGAAAGGCCCCCCUGGAGAGGAUGGAGCAAAGGGGAACAUGGGCCCCACAGGGCUCCCAGGAGACCUAGGCCCCCCUGGAGACCCUGGAGUUUCGGGUCAAGAUGGUCCCCCAGGGGAGAAGGGAGACCCUGGAGAUGUGGGGGGACCGGGUCCACCUGGCGCUUCUGGGGAGCCCGGUGCCCCUGGGCCUCCUGGUAAAAGGGGUCCUUCUGGUCGCAUGGGUCGAGAAGGCAGAGAAGGAGAGAAAGGUGCCAAGGGGGAACCAGGUCCUGAUGGGCCCCCAGGGAGUACAGGCCCAGUGGGGGCUCGAGGGCCCCCUGGACGUGUUGGACCUGAGGGUCUUCGUGGGAUCCCCGGACCUGUGGGUGAACCAGGCCUCCUGGGACCUCCUGGACUGUUAGGCCCUCCUGGUCCCCUGGGGCCCUCUGGCCUCCCAGGGCUAAAGGGAGAUGCUGGCCCCAAGGGGGAAAAGGGCCACAUUGGAUUAAUGGGUCUCGUUGGCCCCCCUGGGGAGGCUGGUGAGAAAGGGGAUCAGGGGUUGCCAGGAGUGCAAGGCUCCCCUGGCCUCCAGGGAGAACCGGGUUCCCCUGGUCCCAUUGGCUCUCUGGGCCACCCGGGGCCCCAAGGCGUGGUGGGUCCUCCAGGACAGAAAGGCUCAAAGGGGUCCCCGGGAUCCCAAGGUCCUCGUGGAGACACCGGCCCCCCCGGUCCUCCUGGUCCCCCGGGUCCCUCUGCGGAGCUGCACGGGCUGCGCCGGCGCCGACGUUCCCUGCCGGGCUUGGGGAUCCCGGAGGGCGGCCUGGAGGAGGUGCUGGCCUCGAUGGAGUCUCUGAGCUUCGAGAUAGAGCAGCUGCGGCGCCCUCCCGGCACGGCUGAGCGCCCCGGCCUCGUGUGCAAAGAGCUGCACCGUAGCCAUCCGCAUCUGCCCGACGGGGAAUACUGGAUCGAUCCCAAUCAAGGCUGCGCGCGGGAUGCGCUCAGGGUGUUCUGUAACUUCACGGCAGGAGGAGAAACCUGCCUCUACCCAGACAAGAAGUUUGAGAUCGUGAAACUGGCCUCUUGGUCCAAAGAAAAGCCAGGUGGCUGGUACAGCACAUUCCGUCGAGGGAAAAAGUUCUCCUACGUGGAUGCCGAUGGGGCCCCCGUGAGUGUGGUGCAGCUGACCUUCCUGAAGCUGCUGAGUGCCACGGCCCGCCAGAGCUUCACGUACACCUGCCAGAACUCAGCCGCUUGGCUGGACGAAGCUGCAGGUGACCACAGCCGCUCUGCCCGUUUCCUCGGGGCCAAUGGGGAGGAGCUGUCCUUCAAUCAGACGGCAGCCGCCACCAUCAAGGUCCCCUCCGAUGGCUGCAAGCUCCGGAAGGGACAGUCGAAGACCCUCUUCGAGUUCAGCUCCUCCCGAGUGGGAUUUCUGCCCCUGUUGGACGUGGCAGCUGCUGACUUUGGCCAGACGAACCAGAAGUUUGGGUUUGAACUGGGCCCUGUCUGCUUUAGCAGCUGAGAGCUUCGGGGGCCGGGAGGGACAAUGAGGGGCCACAUUUGGUGCUGAGGCUUUGAAGCCGUCGUAUUUAUCGUCUCCUGGGACUGUGUGGAGCCAGGAAACGGUCUGCUCAUCACGGUCAAACAAUAUUCCUUCUCCAUUCCGGGGGGUCUGGGGGCUGGACUGCCCUGGUCCAUGGGUCGGGUUUCUCUGCACUGCGCCCCGGCUGCCAUAACUGUGGUCUGGCUCUUUCUCCCCUCGGGGCCCACCCAUCACUCAUCUCCCUCCCCUGACCCCCCCCCAAGCAAUGAACUUCUAACUCAGAGCUGAUGAAUGCCCCCACCCACGCCUGCCUCCCACCCCCUCAGUGCUCCCGACACCUUUGGUGCUACCUUCCCCAUAGUUAAGCACUGGAUGUCUCCUGAACCCAGACCGGGAUCCCUUUGCUCACUUCCUCUUUUCAGCUGGGUUCGCAGUGAAGGGACUGAUGUCAGACUACGGAGGGAAGUGGGACUUCCCUGGACUGAGCUGUGUACUCCUUCUGCUGCCUCAGCCCAGCUCUGAAUACUGUCUCCCUCCUUGCCUCCCCAAAUACACCUUGCCAGGCCAGGUGGCCUGGGGACCAAGACGGCAGGUGGGGGGAAACCAGGAUUCUGAUGGUGCUGCCCUAUUUAUACCUGGGUCUGUAUUAAAAGGGAGAAUCCCCUCUGUUGUAUAUUUAAUCUGCUUCCUCCUUAGGGAAGGCUGGGAUAUGAUGAGAGAAAUUCUAGCGUGAUCCCCAUCCCCCCACCCUAACUCCCCUCCCACCACCACCUGCCCCAAGCCAUAGGGCAUAAUUGGCAUCUCAAGUCUGAGAAUAAAUCAGUGAACUGUG